CUAUGGUGCAUGGCGUCUCAAACAGUUGGACACGACUGAGCACACACAGGGAGCCCGGCAGGUACCGCGGGGGCGAGCAGGGGCGGGGCCGCCGAACAGUUAUAGCCGGACCCGCGGGGCCCAGCUCCCCGCCUGCAGCUCCCGCACUCCGGCUUCUCCACGCGGCGCGCGCAGACCCGACGGAGCCAGAGCCUGGUCCGCGCCUCGGGGCGGCCGUCGACGUGAGCACCCUGGCGCGGGGCACAGGGGUGCGGGGCCCGGGGCGGGGGGCCACCGCCAGCCGCCGGCUGCUCGCCCUACUGUGGCUGCUGCUGCUGCUGCUGCCCCCGCCCGCUGGCGCCUGGUACAAGCACGUGGCGAGCCCCCGUUACCACACGGUGGGCCGCGCGGCCGGCCUGCUCAUGGGGCUGCGCCGCUCGCCCUACAUGUGGCGCCGCGCGGCCGGGCCCCUGGCCUGGGACACCUUGGGUCUGGGCGCGCUGCCCCAGGGGCCCUCUCCCAGAAACACCCUCUCUCCGGGGCCCGCCGCCCUCGAUGCUCUGCUGCUUCCCUCCGGAGCUCAGAGACCGUGGGAGGGGCGACGCAGAAGCCCCGGGGCCGGCCUCCCGGUCAGUGCGCCUCGCAACCUGCGCGCCCCGGAGUCCGCGCGCCAACCCGAGUGGCGGCCGGGCGCCUACUCCUGGACCUCGGCGGAGCAGGCCAGAGCCUUUGGAGAGUCUCCGGCUCAGUCACGGUCUGCGCAGGGAACCGCCUUCGCCAGCCCCCGCCUCGCCCCGGAGCCGUCCUGAUCGCCGCCCCUGCUCGCGCCCCCGCGCCUGACCCAGACCGAGUGUCUUCGGCCAAGAGGCCGGCCGUCUGUUCAAUAAAACUCGCCUAGUUGCCGCG